GGGUGCAGUGUACAACCCUGUGGCAACGCCAGCAACUAAACACCAGACACCAGACAGACACCAAAGUAUAGAAGAAUUUUUAUUUUCGGGCUUAUGUACAUUUCUUAAAAAAAAACAGCUGUGUGGAAUAAAUGAACGCACAACAGACUACAAAAAGACAAUAAGAAUAAUCAAAUAAAAUAGGUGGUGCAGUUGUCACGUUGUUAAUGCCAACCGAUGUUUUAGUUGCAUUUAGUUGUGUGUGUGUGUGCAACACUCCUGCCGCCCUAAACCCGCCCCCCCUCGCCUAAAACAACCUAAGCUCCUGCUAAAAUGGAAAGUGAAAAGAUAUUGAUGGCCGCCGGUGUAACAGUCGCUGCUGUCGUCGGCGCCUUUGUCUUCUGGGGUCCAUCAGGCUCCCGUUUACGUCAGCGUCGUGGUCAAAUUGCCGGACUACAUAAUUUUGGACGCACUUGCUUCCUCAAUACGCUGCUGCAGUCGCUGGCCGCCUGUCCGCAGUUUAUAGCCUGGCUGCAGUUGUAUAAUGGCGCCACACCGGAUCGCAAGAGUUUAAUUAGCUCCAUGUUGAGCACCUUGGAGGUGGUGAAUGGCACACAUGCGACGCUACGUGGUGAUCCACAUUCACCGGGUGCCGUAUUGCGUGCCUUGAACACCUUGGGCUGGGUCAUUCCACAGGAGGAGCACGAUGCCCAUGAGCUGUUCCAUGUGCUGUUGUCCUCGCUGGAGGAGGAGGCAACACGGCCACAGCAAAUGGGCUGUCUAUCGGAUGCACUGUUGCCCAAAGCCAAUGGCAUUGGUCAGGAUGCGGACUAUGAUAAUGGCAUGACAGCGGCAUCAUAUAGAUCCUCCUGCAAUUUGGCUGGCAUCGGGGAUCAACCGAAUCGACCAUCGAGCGCUAUGCUCUCGGAUUUUCUCAAUAUGGAAUACGAUGAGUCGACCAGUUUGCAGCGUCUGGUGAGAUCUGAGGCGCAUACACCGGAUUCGCCUGCCUCGGUGUGUGAACGUGAAACGGCGGAUGUGUUGACGCCGGGCAUUGCAUCCAAUUCAUUUCUGGCCAAUUCACCAUUUGGCUAUCAAUCCGCAUUGGAUUUCAUUGAUGCACAGCCGCCGUUGGCUGUGAAUGCAUCCCCAAUACUCGGUGGCGAACGUUUGUCCCGCUCUCGCCAGCAGCAAUCCCAACAACAACAACAGCAGCAGCAACAACAACAACAUAAUCCCAGCGAGGGACUCAAUAGACGUGUGUCUGGCUCUUGUCGCUCGCUGGAACGGCUUAAUCGCGGUCCUGGACGCGUCUCCAUCUGGUCCAGCAUGAUGCCCAGCCAGGUGGCGCAUCCAUUCCAGGGUGCAAUGGGCGCCCAAAUCGUUUGCAAUGGUUGCGGCUCCAAAUCCGCUGUGCGUUAUGAUAAAUUCGAUAGUGUCACCUUAAAUCUGCCAGCUCAACGGCGUUCCGGCUUGAGUUUGGGACAUUUGCUAAGCGAAUACAUCACAUCCGAGGAUCUGAGCGAUGUCAAAUGCGAUUCCUGCAAUGAGACAACAAUGCACACAAAAUCCGUAACAUUUGCCAAGUUGCCCGCUUGUCUCUGCAUACAUAUUGCACGCACUGUGUGGUUGCCAACUGGACAGGUUUGCAAGCGACAGGAUUAUGUUCACUUCCCCGAGAGCUUGUCCAUGGCUCCCUAUAGCUUUGUGCAGCCACAUCUUAACAGUCAGGCGGGCACACCUUGGGGCUCGACCAUGUCGCUAUAUUCAUCUAGUCUGCCGAUGAAUGGAGCUGGAGCUGGCGGUGAAGGAUUCGGUGCCAUGUUUCCCAAGAAUCUAUAUCGCCUGCUGGCGGUUGUGGUGCACUCGGGUGAGGCAAACAGCGGACACUUUGUCACCUAUCGUCGUGGAUCCCUGCGCAAUGCACAUCGCUGGUUUUACACCUCGGAUACGAUUGUGCGGGAGGUGAGCAUUGAUGAGGUGCUCAGCGUUCCAGCUUAUCUGCUGUUCUAUGAUCGUGGACAGCAGCGACAGCUUCAGAUGCGCUAGAGAAAAGUGGAAUGUGGACUGUGGAAUGUGGAAAAACGAGUUGAAAGUUCGGCCUAGUCAUAUUUUAAUAAUCUACAACGUUUGUGAUUGAAUCAACUCAAAUUAUUAUAAUACUAUAUGCAACCGUGGCCAUAAACAAACAAACAAAACAAUUAAUAUGCAAUCCUCCUCCAUUAGAUCUCAAAAGUAUGCACCAAAAAAGAGGAAGAAGACAGCAAAUAAAAGAUGAGUGGAAAAACAGCGAGUAAAAUCAUGUGGGGAACAACAGCUGCACCUGCGUUAUACACCCAACAAAGACCUAAUCUGAUAUUUAAACUACGAGUACAUUAAUUAACAAUACAUACAAUAAUUUGUUACAUCAAUGCAUUUAAAAAUUUUAAAAUUGAAUUUAAAAUUCCUCAUGUGCUUUUUUAAAUGUCUGUAUUUAGCAAUAUUACUAUAUGUAGUUUCCCUAUGCUACUGGCAGACAAAUUGAUAAUAAGAUAUACAUAUAUAUAUAUAUUGUUUUUGGCAUUUGUUCGAAUAUUUGUUUGUUGUGUAUAUUAUUUUUAUAUAUCUAUGUAUAUAUGUAAUAAUAUUUUUCCCGCUCUAUGUUGAAUUGCGAUCGAUUGCUAGUUAUCCUUUAGCGGCAUUUAUCGAUAGACAGCUCGACUUGCUGCAAGCCGGCAAAAUAUUUAAUUUAACGCAUUAAACCAUGUGGACUAGUUAAUAUAGUGGGCCAAUCUUUAACUAAAUCGGUCAAACGUUUAAUGAACUAUAUUAAAUACGAUUAAUAAAGUUAAAAUAGAUCUUUAAAACAGCUGCAAGUGCAAA